GAAAGGGUGGGAGGGAAGAAGGACCAAAGGAGGGCAUGAUUCCCCUCCUUGUAACUUUUAUUACUUGGAGGGUUACCAUGAACAGUAACGUUUAAUUCAAAUUCGUGACGAUUAAGGGCACUACUGUUGUUUUACACUUCUCUAUGCCCAUUUCAGAUGGAAAUAAACCAUGCUCCGGUCACCCGACCCCAAUUGUCCUCAUGCGACUCGGCAGCUGAGUUUAGACAAGACAUUACCUGUGAGUCGCUGUUCCCUGUAGAUUAGAAGAAGCUGAGUAGCGGUGUCCCUUCGCGCUAGCUCGCUCUCUUUUUGUCUGUUUCAAGUUCGAACUCCACUCAAAACAAAGGAGACCCCGAAACAUGUGACCUUCCAGAGCCAAAACACAUGAUGUCACAGACAUGCCAGCCAAUCAGAGUGGGACCGGCUGCAAUAGUUCUUGGGAGAUGUAGUGCAGUGGGACGGAUCGUUUGCAACGCAAUGCCUUGUUUCAUUUUAUGUAUCUAUCAAGUAGGCAGCGUUAUGGCAGUCAUCAGCUCAAAGGAAUGAAGACUUGAAUAUGCAGUACUAUGCAAUACUAUUUCUAAGGUUCUGUUUUCUCUGCCAGGCAUUAACUUAUAUAUCUGCUAGUUAUAUACUAUUCCACUACCAACUAUGACAGCUUCAGUUUGGUACAGGAUCAAAAGUUCUGGGCGAUGUUUUGCAAUGAUUUAAAAGAAAAAUAUGAGGAAAAAAUAGUAAUUAGGGGAGUUGAUGCUGAAACAAUGCAAAUUCUUUUGGAUUACACUUAUACAAGCAAAGUGCUGAUCACAAAGGAAAAUGUGCAGAAAGUCCUGGAAGCUGCCAGUCUCUUUCAAUUUUUGCGAAUGGUAGAAGCUUGUUCCAACUUCCUCAAUGAAGCUCUACAUCCAGAAAACUGUGUUGGGAUUCUGAGACUGGCUGAUACUCACUCACUUGAUAAGCUGAAGCAGCAGGUCAAGAACUACAUUAUCCAGAAUUUCACUCAAGUACUGAACUAUGAUGAGUUCUUAGAAUUGCCCGCCGAUGUCCUGUAUUGUAUGCUACAGAGCGAUGACCUCUGUGUUACUGAAGAAGCUCAAGUGUUUGAGACGGUUAUGAACUGGGUGCGUUACAAAAUAGCAGAAAGGCUUCCUCUCCUGCCUUAUAUCCUCGAGAGUGUUCGGAUGCCCCUUCUAGACCCUUGGUAUUUUGUAGAGACUGUAGAAGCUGAUCCACUCAUCAGGCAGUGCCCUGAUGUCUUUCCUCUGCUUCAGGAAGCCAGGAUGUACCAUCUGUCUGGAAAUGAGAUCAUUUCAGCAAGAACAAAGCCUAGGAUGCACGAGUUCCAGUCAGAGGUGUUUAUGAUCAUCGGUGGCUGCACAAAAGAUGAAAAAUUUGUAGCAGAAGUAACUUGCCUUGAUCCCUUGAGACGUAGUCGUUUGGAAGUGGCCAAACUGCCCAAUACAGAACAAGACACAGAGAGUGAGAAUAAAAAGUGGGUGGAGUUUGCCUGUGUUACCUUAAAAAAUGAAGUCUACAUUUCAGGUGGGAAAGAAACACAGCAUGAGGUCUGGAAAUACAACUCAUCCAUCAACAAAUGGAUCCAAAUUGAAUAUUUGAAUGUUGGAAGAUGGAGACACAAAAUGACAGUACUGGGUGGCAAAGUAUACGUGAUUGGUGGUUUCGAUGGCAUACAAAGAAUCAACAGUGUAGAGACAUACGAUUCUUUUCACAACUGUUGGUCAGAGGCAGCUCCACUCAUGAUCAACGUGAGCUCGUUUGGGGCUGCCAGCUAUAAGAAGAAACUCUAUGUGAUUGGAGGAGGACCCAAUGGGAAGCUGGCCACUGACAAAACACAGUGUUAUGAUCCAACAACAAACAACUGGAGCUUAAAGGCACCCAUGCCUGUUGAAGCAAAAUGUGUCAAUGCUACAAGUUUCCAUGACCACAUCUAUGUCGUAGGUGGGGCAAUGAGGGCACUCUACUCUUACAGCCCCCUCACAGACACAUGGUGUCAAGUGAUUCAGUUGAACCACGAACGGGCUAGCUGUGGGAUUGCCCCUUGCAACAAUAAGCUUUUCAUCACUGGGGGCCGGGACGAGAAGAAUGAAGUCAUUGCCACAGUGCUGUGUUGGGAUGCAGAGACUCAGAAAUUAACAGAGGAAUGUGUCCUCCCCCGUGGAGUGUCCCAUCAUGGGAGUGUCACCCUCCGGAAGUCGUACACAUACAUCCGCAAGAUAGUACCUGGAGCCGUUUCAGUCUGACUUGAGAGGAAGCCUCCAGAGAAAGGAGGAUAAGUGAUAACGAAAUACCUCAUUUUCUCCAAGGGUUUAAAUAGGCCAGCUGGGUGAAACUACUGUCUGUCUGUCUCAUCGUCCUUGCAAGAAGUAGUUGUAUAUUUGCUCAGUUUCCUACUGUACAGUAUAUGUCUUAAAUUAUCUCCAGAUCCGGAUAUCCUAGGUUAUUUAUUGACUCGAAGUGUCACAAGGUGAGAAAUUCAAAGACAUGAGAUGUCCUAUCACUAGUGAAACUCUAUGAGCGGCAAUUCUUUUUUGUGUAGAUGUCGCGCUGAAUAGAGUUUAGAAUGAGUUAUUCUGAAGGGCUCUUUCCAUUUUGCAUCUGCAGAAAGACCCAGCACCUCCAUUAUGAUGGCAAAAUGGGACCCAAGACUCAAUGAACAGAUUUCUUAAAAAAAAAAAAUUAUAGAAGAAAAGGGAGUGCAGGAAGUAGAAGAGGAAAGUAAGAAGUCUAGGAGGCGCCAAGGGAUGAAGAGUUGGAAGAGACAGGAUAAUGAAAUAAAUGGUGAUUAUUAUUUCCAGUCCAAAUUUGCCUGACACUUUUCUAUAAAGAAGAGUCAGGCAAAUUUGGACUGGAAAUGUAUUCAGCGAUAUAGUUUAUACAGUAUAGUCCUUCUCCUUCUCCCUCAGGUGGCUGAUCUGCUAUAAUGUCACAAAAGGAAAACUUCACAGGGGUCUAGAGACAUCCAUUAAUGGGUCCUUUCCUAAGGCAGUCCACACCUUCAUUAAGGCAUCAGAACAUUGUAGGGUGGUUUACAGAGAUCUUACAGAGAAAGAUCAAGGAAGCUCUUUCAGUCUGCUCAUGAUUAUUCCUUUGGGCCAUAGACAAUUCUCUGACUCCCAAAUCCCAUAGAUUAGGAUUCUGUCUGACAAUAGACAGAAGGCAUGCCCUCCUGGCGUUCACAGUGAUAGUGGCAUAGAGAUUGGCUCACCCAGCCAGCCAAGGGUACUCCUUCCAUUGAAGCUAAUCCCUGCUUUUUCUUGCCAAUGUGAAGAGACUGAGAAGCAGGCUGAUAAUACUGUAGGAUAAGAAUACCUGUCAUUUCCUAUUGUGAGAGUUCAUGGCUGCAUAAGUGAUCUGCUGCAUACCAAACAGAAAAGCAGGCUCAUGCUAAGGAAAAGUGUGUGAUUUUAAUAAAGGACGGUAGUUCAACUGUA